AUGCUCCGGUCCUGGUUCAAAGCGGCGGUCGUCCUCUGGCUCGUCCCCAGCUGCGUGGGAGCCGCAGCCCGGCUCCCACCGUCUUUAACUCGUCCUCGGCCUGGCUGGUCCAGUUCUUCUCCUCCUGGUGUGGACACUGCAUCCAGUACUCCAGCACGUGGAAGGCUCUGGCUCAGGACGUCAAAGUACUUCAAGGCUCACAGUCCAGAGACGGACAGAGGGACACCCUACAGAGGUGCAGACAGAGAGAUCCAGUCAGUGAGACAGUUGAUGGUGAACAUCCUGCAGAAUCACACCAAGCUGGACCGACCUGACCACUGUCCUCCUCUGGAACCAUACAGUUCUGUGGAGCUGCUUCCUCUGCUGGGUCAAAGGUCAGAUCACUACACCGCCAUCGUCGUCGAGGAGCCAGACUCCUAUGUAGGACGAGAGGUGAUCCUGGACCUGCUGCAGUACUCAGGUGUGGUGGUGAAGAGAGCUCUGAGCUCAGAUCUCCCCCUGCUGGAUGCUCUGAAGAUCACAACCUUUCCCUCUGUUUACCUGCUGCACCCAAACGCAACACACACACACUUGCACGUUCAGAAGCGGUUGCGUUUCUUCUUCUCCUCCUUGUUGAGGACGUUACCAGGAGUUCAGCGGAGGUUGAAGUUGGGCAGCAGCAGCAGUACCAGUGGAGGCCAGGUGGGGGCGCUGCCAGACAAACACAGCAGUGAGCCCUGGAGAGACUUCGACAGGUCGAAGGUGUACACAGCUGAUCUGGAGACAGCCCUCCACUACCUGCUGAGAGUCGAGCUGGCUACCCAUAAUACCCUGGAGGGGGAGGAGCUUAAGGUCUUCAAGGACUUUGUCACUUUGGUCGCCAAGUUGUAUCCAGGUGGAGGUUCGGUGGUGAAGCUGAUGGAGACGCUCUCUGAUUGGCUGCUCAGUCUGCCGCUGCCACGUAUCCCCUACCAGGCCGUCCUGGACCUGGUGGACAACAAGAUGAGGAUCUCAGGUGUGUUCCUGGGGGCGGAGCUUCGUUGGGUUGGUUGCCAGGGCAGCAGGGCGGGGCUUCGAGGUUACCCAUGUUCUCUCUGGACUCUGUUCCACGUCCUGACCAUCCAGCAUGACGCCAUGCCCACCGCACUGGAGAACUCAGGUCUGGAGGGCGAGGCGGCCCCGGUGCUGCAGGUGAUGCGUCGUUACAUCAGGACGUUCUUCGGCUGUGAGGAGUGCGGUCGAAACUUUGAACAGGCGGCGGCCGUCAGUAUGGAGCGAGUCCACAGCCGAGAGGAGCAAAUCCUGUGGCUGUGGAACCAACACAACAGGGUCAACUACAGGCUGGCAGGCUCUCUGAGUGAUGACCCCCUCUUCCCUAAAGCUCCGUGGCCGAGCCCCUCCCUCUGCUCCUCCUGCCACGAGGAGAAAAACGGCGUCCACAUCUGGAACCAGGACAACGUCCUCCUCUUCCUCAGACAACACUACGGAGCCUCCAACCUGUCCCCCAAAUACUCCCUGACCCCCCCACGACUCCCCGCACCUCCUCCAAAUCCUGAUCCUGCACAGACCACCCAGCCUCAGGAGGAGCACCGAGGAGGAGGAGGAGAGAGGAAGGAGGCAGAGAAGAGAGCUGAGGAGCAGCGGGAGCCUCAACCAGGACACCAGGCCGUCAGGGGGGAGGACAGGGAGGAGGUCCUGAGCCUGGGUGGAGGAAGAGGAGCAGCAGAAGGAGGAGGAGGAGGUGUUUGGAUCCUGGGUCUGGGUUUUAACAGUGUGGACAUGAGUCUGUGUGUGGUCCUGUACGUCUGCUCCUGCCUCUUCCUCAUGCUCCUCUUCUUCUUCUUCAAAGUCCGAUCCAGGAGGUGGAAACUCCGAUACUCCCGCCUCCACGUGUGACCAGGACCCGUCUGACCAGGACCCGUCUGACCAGGACCAGACUGGAGCUCUGGAGGUGUCCAGGUGUGUCUGAGGGUCACCUGUCAGUCAGGUGUGUCUCACCUGUGUUGGUGACACACCUGACAGGUUUUGGGUUUCAGUGGCUCAGAUGUGGAACCUGGUCUCGACUUGUUGUAUUUAUAGAACCUGUUUUAAACUGGACCGUGUGACCAGGUGUGUGUUCACCUGUGUGUCGUACCUGGAUCUAAUUGUCAUGGCGACAGACCAGUGGGACUCUGGGACAGAACAGGACCACGCUGGUUCUGCUGUGUUCACUUUGUGCCAAAUGUUUUACCUGCUGACAGAUGAUACACCUGUCCUCUCAGGCCCCGCCUCCAUCUGCACAAAUACUGGACUGUGUGUAUGUGUUCUUGUACUUGCUACAUAGUGGGGACAAAGUGUUCUUAUCCACAGAGUGAGGACAUUUGGUCCUUACAUCUGCAAAGACCUGUUGGAGGGUUAAGACCAGGUUUUUGGUGUCAGGUUACCUUUAGGAUUUAGUUUAGUGUCAGGGUAAGGGUCUAGGGAAUGCACCAUGUCAACAAGGGUCCUCACAAAAAUAAAAGUACAAGAAUGUGUGUAUGUAAGUACUUGUUCAUGUACAUAGUGGGGACCAAGCAUUUUUAACGACAGUGAGGACAUUUUGUCCAGUCCUGAUUUCUUCAAAGCUCUCUUAGAGGGUUAGGACAAGAUGUUAGGGUUCAGGUCAUCUUUAGGUCUAGGGUAGUGUUAGGGCUGAGUUUAGACAUGUAAUUGUUAAGAUUAAGAUUAAGGUAAGGGACCAGGGAAUGCAUUAUGUCGACGAGGGUCCUCACAAAGAUACAAGUACAAGUGUGUGUGUGUGUGUGUGUGUUCCUCUAAACUGUGAAACAUGGAGCCGUCCUGAUAAACGAAUCUCUGCAGACAGACGAUUGAUUGAUUUGAAGUAUUAUGGAUCGGUCAGGUGUGUGUCAUGGUGGAGGUGGCGCCCCCCUGUGGUGACUGCUGAAAAAUAUCAAAGUUUAGAUUUGUAAAAGAAUAUUAAAGAUGUUUUUUUUAAGACAAACAAAACUUAAAAACUAGAGUUAAUAUUUGAGAAUUUGAAAGAAAAUUUAAAAAAAAACGUCAGCUGAGAAUUUUUAUUUUUUUAUGUUCCAUAUUUUAACAUGAACACAUAAAAUCUUCCACUUUUUAACCUCCCCCACUCUGUAUGACAUUUUAGACGUUAAACUUUAUGGCACAUUAAAUGAGCUUCAGUUACAUCUUCAAACUCAAGAAUAAAUUGUUCGGCCGCAUGAAGAAGACAGGACACAGAAAUACAAAAAUAAUUUUAAAUCAUAAAUUAUGAACGUAUAAAUGUUGAGGUCAGUCUGAGGGUUUAAUUUGAUCUCCAACACCAGUGUUUGUUGAGAGCAGCCGCCGUCACCGCCAGUAAAAACUCUGUAAACAAAAACAAAAGUCUGAUGCUGAUGAUGUGAUGUCACUCAGUGAAGUCACUCAGUGAUGUCACUCAGUGAUGUCACUGCUGUCUGAACUCUAAACAUAAACAUUUUAUGAAACAUCUGGAACAUCUGAUUGUGAUGAAGGUCAUGUGACUAUUUCAGAGGUGACCUCAUCACAACCCACCUGAACACAAAGGUACUCAGGUAUUUAUUUCCCCCAUUUAUUAUUACUUUUUAAAUAUUUUUUGAUAAUACUUUUAAGAAAAUUGUAUUUCUGUAACAUUACAUAAUUUUCCCGGCCUGAAUGAUCCUCCGUACUUUGUGUGCUGAACAGUGUGUAUCCUGAUGUGUGUGUGUCAGAUGUGUUUGAGGCCUGCAGUGAUUCUCAGCGUUGAUUUAUUUAUUUAUUUCCCGGUUUUAUUUCCUGCUGCAGAUAUUUGUGACGAUGAGUCACAAGCUGCUGAGGAUUCCCUCGACGAUCCUCCAGAUAAAAACGGUUCAGUCUCUGUGGAUGUUUUUAUCAGCUGAUGCCUGAACGCACCGUCCUCCUGCCUCUGUUCAGAUUCUUUCACUUCCUGUUGUUGUGAUUGGUUAUGUUAAUGAGAUGUAAAUAAUCCGUCUGAAUAAAUCAUGUCGCAGCUCAA